AUGCUCAAAUCAUGGUUCUCAACCCGCCUCGGAAGUGAUCCUGACAAAUACAUCUUUCCGACAGUCGACCCUAAGGAAGACGGACCAGACUGUUUACGGGACUGCGCCGAUUGCACGGUGCACUUCCCCGCCAAAUUCCACAUCGAGACAGAACGCAAGAUAUACGGCAAAAUCAAGCCCUUUGCGACGCAUGUCCUGGUUGCGACGGGGAAAUCGGACUGGGUGUCGAAACCGGAUUCAGAAAAAGGCAGUUUGGCGCACGCGUUGAGUACUGCUUCUACCAAUGAGCGUCUUAUGGUGAAUACCUCGAAUCUCAAUUCCUAUCGAGACGGCUCUGAAAGCGAGGGUGCCGAUGAUGGGACCACGGUCCUUGUUCUCCCCUCAUUUGAAUUCAUUGACAACGUGACCAUUCCAGCCGUUCCCGAGUUCGUGUCCCGCUUCAUCAACAAAGAACCCUCGCAAACAGCAGCACCAUCGCAGCUAAGAUCGCGACCCUGCCCACACGAUUACGUCGUGCUGCUAUGCUCACACAAACGACGCGAUGCUCGGUGUGGGAUUUCCGCGCCAUUAAUCAAAAAGGAGCUUGAGAGACAUCUGCGUCCUGCGGGGCUGUACAGAGAUACAGAUGACGAGAGACUCGGCGGCGUGGGGAUCUACUUUGUCUCGCAUGUCGGUGGGCACAAGUUCUCGGCGAAUGUGCUGGUGUAUAGAAAGCAGCAGGGCCAGUUGAUCUGGCUCGCGCGUGUGACGCCAGAGAAUUGUGAGGGGAUUGUCAAGUAUACGAUUCUACAGGGCAAGGUCGUCCACCCGGAGUUUCAGCUGAGAGGCGGGUUUGACAAGGAGCGCGGGGUGACGAGUUGGUAG